UUGCUUUUUUUUCCAGAAGAUGGUGAAGACGGUCUAGACGGCAAACCUGGAACGCCAGGAUUUCUUUUGGUCGACAGUAGUUAUGAUGAGGACUGCAUUCAGUGUCCUUCUGGUCCACCUGGGCUACCCGGAAAAAGUGGCAUGCCAGGUCCAGCUGGUCCUCCUGGGAAACCAGGAAUACCUGGAAAAGAUGGGAAAGUUGGAGAGCCUGGCUUGCCCGGCCUCACUGGUGACUAUGGACCGCCCGGAAAUGUUGGCAUAGCAGGAGAAGCAGGUGAACCAGGCGAAGAUCGGAUUGUUCCAGUUUAUCUUCCCGGAGCACCUGGACCACCAGGCCUUCCAGGCAAAAUUGGAUCACGAGGUGAAGCUGGCAUUCCGUCUGAGAAAGGUGAACCUGGACCAAGAGGCCCGAAAGGGCCACCAGGUAAAAAUGGGGCUCCCGGUCAAGCUGGACAAUCCGGACAGGUAAAUGAUGUUUUAAAAAAGCUCAAGCAGCAAUUUCUGCUUUGCAAUGAUUUCUUCAGUCAAUUUGUUUUGAUUUUCAUCGAUUCAGUUCGUCAGCCACUUGCACAAUUUAUCUUUUUGCCUCAAUUUCGGACACUUUUGCCUCCUUUUUUUGGUUUAAUUUCUAUUGUCAGUUUUGGCGCUCUAUAGCA